AUGUUGAAAGCUUGGAGGGAUUUAAGAGCACAAGGAGUUUUUAUACCUGAAUAUAUUAAUGAUAUUCUCAAUCAACCCAUUUUUGAUAAUCCUUUUAUAAUUCAUAAUGCAAAAUCAUUUUAUUUUCAAAAUUAUGUCAAUGUCGGUUUAAUCAAAGUAUGUGAUCUUUGUUAUAACAUUUUGCCUGGUAUAUUGCCUUAUGAAGCCAUUUUAGACUCAUUUUAUGAUGAAUAUGAUGUAAAUAGUAAGAGUGUUAAAAAUCAGUUUGAUGUUAUUUUGAAAGCUUUGCCUAAAGAAUGGAUAGAUAAACUUAAAAUUAAUUCAGAUUUUGCAGAAAAUAGUAUUGAGUGUCAAUUAGUUAUAGAUGAGAAUAGUUAUGAUUUAAGUAAUUUAAGAUCUGGAGUUGUAUAUAAAUUUUUUACAGAUAAUGUUUUUAAAGAUCCUACUUGUAUUUCUCAUUGGGAAAGUAAUGGUUUUAAUGUUGAAUGGAAACAAGUAUGGAAAUCUGUAUCUAUGAAAAGUUCUGAAUGUAUAGAUAAUGAUUUUAAAAUCGUACAUAAUAUAAUUUGGAAUAAUCUUAAAUUGUACAAUAUUAACAUAUUAGAUAAUCCUUGUUGUAAAUUGUGUAAUGAUUUAUCAGAUGAAACACUUCUACAUAUGAUUUUUAAAUGUACAUCAAUUAAGCCUCUUUUAAAUAUGAUUCAAGAUAUGUUAGAAUAUUUCUCUCAAAAUACUGGUUUUACUUAUGAUCAGUUUAAAUAUUGGAUGAUUUUUGGUUAUCCUAUUAGAAAAGAAAAUAAUAAUGUAUUUCUUAUUUUAGUAUUUUCAAUAGCUACAAUUAGUAUUAUUAGAAGGCGAACUUUAUACAAUAAAAAUGGUAUAAUAGUUAAUGUAUGUACCUUAUUUAAGAGAAUGUUUAUAAAUUAUAUUAAAAAUUUAAAGUACUAUUUACAAAUGAAAGGUUUUGGACAUAAGUUCACUCUCAUGUUUUUAUCACAUCCUUAUGUUAAACUGGAUGGUGAUAAUGUUUAUGUAAAUAUAGAUUAA